GAUCAUCUUAGUCGUUUUGCUUACUAACCUAUAUUGGGUCAAAUUCAUAGCCCUACUAUAGCUGUGUAAAUACAACAUAUCAAUCAGUUUUCAAAUGAGACAUGGUCGUCUCCAAACUUGUUACAAGACAUCAAAAUUAUAUAGCCUAUACUUUCUUAGUGUAUUAACUGAUUGAAUAUGAACUUUGUUGGAAUGUUUAAUGCAUUUGGAUACGACUAUCGACAGCCAUUAUUACAUUUUAUCAAAAUGACUAAAAUGAAUAGAGUAUCGAAUACGUUUACGCUGAGUUUUGAUUUUCUCUUACAAAAUGCAGUUGACAACCUAAAUAAAUAAAGUACGCCGGUGUACGUUCUACAGCAUUAAAGCCCGUAUAUAUACGUUUCAUUACGAAGCGCGAUUUAUGAAAUUUGGCUCAAAGGUCAACCCGUACGUAACAGGAACACUAUAGCGGUGAACAAGCAUGGUGGGAAAAACCAAAGCAACGUCGGAUAGGAAAAUGUAACGAUUAGCCAGCCUCAGAAAUACAGCCACCAAUACUCGGAUUAUCAAAGGGGAUUUUGCUUACAAAAAGAAGAAAGAUUUUGUUCUGAAAAAAUGCCACGUUACGCCCAGCUGGUGAUGGGGCCGGCUGGUAGCGGGAAGAGCACGUAUUGCUCCACCAUGGUACAGCACGCCGAAAGCAUCAACCGCUCCAUACAGGUGGUGAAUCUAGACCCUGCAGCUGAACACUUCAGCUACCCGGUCAUGGCAGAUAUCCGGGAGCUGAUCGAGGUGGACGACGUGAUGGAAGAUGACUCCCUGCGGUUUGGCCCCAACGGAGGGCUCGUCUUCUGUAUGGAGUACUUCGCCAACAAUUUUGACUGGCUGGAGGAGAGUCUGGGUCACGUAGAAGACGAUUACAUCCUGUUUGAUUGCCCCGGUCAGAUCGAGCUGUACACCCACCUGCCCGUCAUGAAGCAGCUGGUGGAGCAGCUACAGCAGUGGGAGUUCCGGGUCUGUGGCGUCUUCCUGGUCGACUCCCAGUUUAUGGUGGAGUCCUUCAAAUUCAUAUCUGGGGUUAUGGCCGCCCUGAGUGCCAUGGUGUCGCUGGAAAUCCCCCAGGUCAACAUCAUGACAAAGAUGGACUUGCUCAACAAUACAGCCAAGAAGGAAAUUGAGAAAUAUCUAGACCCAGAUAUGUAUUCAAUGAUGGAGGACAAAGCACUCACUCUGAGAAGUAAGAAGUUCAAGAAGCUCACUAAAGCCAUCUGUGGUCUGAUCGACGACUAUAGCAUGGUACGCUUCCUGCCGUUCGACCGCACGGAUGAGGAAGGGAUCAACAUCGUCCUUCAGCACAUCGACUUUUCCAUCCAGUAUGGAGAGGACCUUGAGUUCAAGGAGCCUAAGGAGUCUGAAGAGGAUCCACUCACCAACGCCAACUAUGAUGAGUUCUUCCAAGACAAAGUUGAAGGCUGAGAGGAAGAUGCCGAGGACAGCCGGUUGAAAGGGGCAUUUCAAUGUGCUUUCAAAACGCUGUCACAGUGGGUGUAAAAGCAAGUGCUCAAAUCACUCUUUAAACUGUGGAAGAAAGGAGCAAAGAAGAGACAACAGGUUUUAAUUUAUUGAGGAAAUUCACCUGACACAGAAUGUCACACUUCUCGAGGCGAUUUUAGUAUUCAUUGUACGUAGAUAUAUUGUCUUUUUUGUUUUCUUGUUUUCAAGGCUUGACCUUGGUGUUUUUAGCGAUGGAAUGGGAUCGUGCCACAUUUCCCUUGGGAGGACUGUAAAUGUUUGGAGUAUAUUUUUCAAUUAAAACUUACCCUUUGAAACUU